AUGCGGCGCCUCGACCUCACUUCUGGCGGCAAAAACACCAACAACUCGACUGCGUCCUCGACUUCGGCGUCGAGUGCUCGCAUCAAGGCAUCUAGAGCGUCCAUUGCAUCGGCUCCGGCGGUGACGCCGGUGCCAUCACCUGCCCGUCGUAGAACUGGCACAGGAGAAGUGACGACUCGAAAGCACGCGGCAACCACCCCAAAACUUGCGGCUGCCUCCACGCCAACUGCCGCCAGUGCUCUUCGUGCUUCCCGCGCGCCGUUGCGUUCGACUUCUCAACACCACAAACAACAUGUCACCUCACUAACGGUGAAGACGCGCUCCUCUCCCGCGAGCGUCACGAAUAUGCCUGUCGGCGACAGGCCUCGACAGCCCCAGCUGAGUGCUGCUGCGGCCAGAUCAAUCAACCGAACCCCUCUGACUCCCAAGAUCGCGGCCAAGGGGCCCCCUGUGACCCCUCUGGCGAGACGACCUCAGUCAUCGACGCCCACGCUGGCCGGUUCCCAGAUUGCCCGAGACGAUGUUUCUACAUCUGUAACCGCUUUUCUGACCCAGAAUAUCACUCCGCGCUCUGGGCAAAGGCAAAAUCGCGUCGAUAGUGCUAAUUCCACACCGAGCGGUACGCCCAACCUCGACAGGACUAGCGAUGGUUUCGAAAUCAACAACAACAAUAAUAACAACAAUGCCGCCCGCUCUGCCCUGGGCGUAUCACCCCUUGCGAACGAUCUUCCUAGACAGACAGCUUCGCAGAUAGAUCUUCCCAGUGACUCAAACGACUCGAGCAAGUUCUUCUAUGCCAGCGAUGCCAAAUCCAUUCAUCAGGCCGCCUUGCAACGGCCGGCACCCGUGCCACAAAAGUCGGCCAAUACUUUUUUCUAUGCGAACGGGACUACGGCAACUGGGGGGCGCAACAUUAGCCCACCUUCUACGAACGCAUCAAUACCUCUUGCAAGCCCGAAUCCCGAAUCUGCGGCGUCCAAGUUCUUCUACGCCAAUGGAGCCCCUGAUAUGUCCUUGCGACCUGGCAUGGUCCAUUCCGCCAGUGGAUCUGCUGUAUCUUCGACCUCUCGUAUGGGCUCUUCACGACCACCAACCAGCAACUCCAAUGUCGCAUUUGGAGGUCCAUCACAGCGACCGGCGUCGCCAAUCAAGGCAGCAUCGACGCCUAUGGCACAGACCUUGAGAAGCAAUGCGGCAUCUCCAACAUCUCCCAAGCGAACCUCGCUCGUAUCUUCGCCUCCGUCAUUACCACAACAGACAUCCGCCGCCAUUAAGAGAAGAGUUAGCAUUGACACGGCGCCGAAGGAGAUGAUCCGUGGACACAAGAGAACAGGAAGCGUCCCCGUAAACGAGCCACUGAGCCUCCCUCGGUUUGCCUUGUCACCGAAUCCCUCCGAGACGGCUUCAGCGUCCCCACCGUUGAGCCCUGGCCUCACGCAGCCUGCUAUGACGAUGGCGUCCAUUCUGCAAGCCGCGGAUGAGUUGGAAGAAGACGCCGAAUCCAGAGACGGGGACGAUCAGUCUGACGCACCUCCAGUACCCCAGAGCCCAACGAAAUCUGCACAUUUCAGUGAUUCCGUCAGCGAGCUGGUGGCAAAUGCACGCCGAGAGCGGAAGGUUCAGGACCUGGAGAUCACAAACGCAUCGCUAGAAGCCAUCAACCGAACAUUGGAGCGACAACUUCGCAAACAAACGGCCGAGUUGCGGCGAUAUCGCCGACUCUCCAGAUCAGGAGCGCUCUCAGCAGCGUCCAGCCGAGUAACUUCUCUGGCUCUGACUGAACCACCCAUAGAUAUGUCGGACGUGGGCGAAGAAGAUGAGACGGAGCUGGAAGAAGAGGACAUGGACUCGUUUGAUGAUUCUGAUUUGUCAAGCAAUGACACUAUGAGCACAGAGGACAUCAUGCUACCAAGCGCAAAACUAGAGGCCAGACGAAGACGAGAUGAAAAACGCCUCCAGCUAGAUCUUACCAAGCACCAAGAGUUGCUCAUUGACAGUCAGAAGAUGAACCAGAGUCUAAAACGGUGUCUCGAUUUUACCGAGGUCCUGAUCAAGGAGGGCCAAAAAGCGCUAGAGUAUAACGUUCGAGUUUCCGACAUUCAACUCGGAGGUCGGGUGCUUGCGCCACCAGACGAAGACGAAGACGAGGUCUCAUACCAGGAGGAGGAGACGUUACGAAGCGAUGAGCACGGGUUGGAACCGCCCUGGCCGAAGAGUUCCCAAGAUCGCGACAGCGGGAUAGAAUUGCCUACAGAUAGCGGCUGA